AUGAUGAAGAUUUUCUCUGCUCUCUUUUCCUUGGCAGCAUUGCCUGCCUUUACCUUGGCUGGUGAUGUGGUUCCCAUCAUGAGCAUGUAUGUGCCUCUCCCCGAAACGUCCCUUUUGCAUGGCGUCUUUCACGUGAUCAAAUCGAACGCGAGGGCUCCCGUGACCACCAUGAUCUCGAUUGCCGUCUCGACCGACGACACUGUCAUCUGGUACGACCACCAUGAGAGAGAUGGAUAUGACACUGACGGUUCCGUUGCCGCCUCUACAAGGGUUUGGGGAGAUGGAGAUUCCGGUAACGGCUGUGCCCCUGGAGUAUCACCUUGUACGGACGCGACGGAUGUGCUCAUUGCCGGACAGGUGAUCAUCCUCAAGAAUGAAGUUCCCGUUCCUCGUGGCAAUGCCAUUCUGUUCGAUGGAGGUGACAAGAUCAGUGCUUCGCUACCCAUUGCUGUCACUCGUUCGGCGUAUCCCUCGGGCGAACCAGGAUCCAUGAUGGCCGGAGCUGUCGAAGUCAUUGAACAGGAACAGUGGGGAACCAGAUUCGUCGCUCCUGUCGGACAAGAUGUGGGCAGUGAAACCGAUGCCUUUGAGUAUAGUGCCUUUGCUAUCAUGGCCGGAGAUGAAGGAGCUACCAUUAGCUGCCCAGGUGAAUUCAAGACUCUGGCACAAGGUGAAGCCGUCGUCAUUCGCGUCGAUCAAGGCUGGGAACUCACGUCGGACAAACCAAUCCAAGUCGACCUCAUCACGGGAGACAUUGGUUCCACCUAUCAGCUCCGAUGGUAUUCCCUGGUUCCUGUCGAGCAAUGGUCCAAUGAGUACUACGCUCCCGUGGGUGACACCAAGGGAGAAACCAAGGUCACCAUCUACAACCCUGGAACUCGCAGGAUCACCGUUACCUGUACUUUGCCCAACCCCAACGAUUCUUACACGUUCCGUGUUCCAGCGAAGAGCAUCCGAUCCUCUGAAAUCAUUCGCGACGGCGACGGUGCCAAAUUCAGUGCCGGGGCCGGUAACAAUUUCUUUGCCUUUUCUUCUACUGACACGGAGGGCGGUGGUCAAAUCUAUGAUUGGGGCUACCCUCUUAUCCCGAGCGGAUCCCUCACCAAUGAAGUCGUUGUCGGCCUUGGCUACGGGUGCACGGAUAUGAACUGCAACGGCGACGGCGAACGAAGUGUUGUCUGGAUCACGGCCGUGUCGGAUGCCACCAUCCACGUCGACUACAACAAUGACGGAAACAAUGUGGCCACCAAGAGCGUCCGCGCCCUCGAGUCUGUCUACUUUACCGAUGACAAUGACGAAGACAUGUCCGGAGCUCGUAUCUGGGCGGAAAAGAACGGAGAGCCCGUCAACAUUGCCGCUGCGUGGGGACAAAAGGCUUCUCUUUCCAAAUCGGGAGAUGACUAUGCCCUGGAUCUUGGAACUGUCAUUCUUCCGUUUGAACCCACACGUACCAGUUGCUCUGUGGAUAUCAAGGAAGACAGGGAUGGCGACGGUGAGAUCAGCGCCGGAGAUAUUGUUGUUGAAACCAUUGAAGUCUUCAACGUGGGAGCCAUGCCCGUCUCUGAGGGAAGCAUUGCUGUCGAGACCUUGGGAGGAACUGUCAAUGUCGAGGCAACCGAUGGACGUGGUGGCACCAAAAUCUACACCAUCGAAUAUGAAGUGCCUCCUGGAGUUUCGACGGUCACCGGAACUUGCGAGGUGGUACCUGCUCCGCCCACAACGUCCCCCACAUCCUCACCUACUGGAGUACCCACGGUGUCGCCGACGGCAGGACCUACAGGAGGACCAACGGCAGGACCCACAGGAGGACCCACUGCGUCGCCAACAGCUGGACCUACAGGAGGACCCACAGGAGCGCCCACAGGAGGACCCACAGGAGGACCCACAGGAGGACCCACAGGAGGACCCACUGCGUCGCCUACAGGAGGACCCACAGGAGGACUCACAGGAGGACCCACUGCGUCACCAACAGGAGGACCCAAUGAAACUCCCACGGAAGCCCCAACGGAUCCACCUGCUCCAGACCAACCUACUCCUGGUGACAGGACCAUUACUGAUGCUCCAGUUGUCUUUGUCAAGGGAGAUCCUCAUUUCAAGACGUUUGGAGGAGAGCUGUAUGACUUCCAUGGAGAAUGUGAUCUCGUCUUGCUGCACAACCCUCAGUUCAUGAACGGAUUGGGCAUGGAUGUCCAUGUGCGCACAAAGAUUGAAGACUUCUGGAGCUCUGUGGAAACUGCGGCCAUCAAGAUUGGAGAUGACACUUUGGAGUCCUGGAGUUCGAGAGGCAAACAUCCAUGUGGAAGGAUCCAAGGAAAGGAUCCAGUUGAAGACUUUCAAGUCCUUUGUCCGUGUGGACAUUCCCUGGAUUGA